GACACUCCGGCUUCCAUGAUACGAGUACGUGCAUUCAGUCCGGCCGCGAUGUGCGACACUAGGGCUCGCCACCCGGCCCCGGCUCCCGCCAUACGGGAGAAGCUAGCCAUAUACGAAAACGCAAGCGAAAGCGGCACGUUGUGCCCUAGCGUCGUGGGUCCUGCACCCACGGUAUCUGAAAGCGCGUUGUCCGGCGAGGUGGCGAUGGUGCAGGAGGGUGAGGGCGCGGGCGCGGGGCUAAUCGCGCCCCGCCGCCUGCCCAAUCCCUGCCUCGAGAGCCCGCAGCGCAUGGACCUGCACAGGGAACUGCUCUUCAAUCAGAGGAUAGGCAAAAAUGUUCUUAAUCAAAAGAGCGAACUAGAAAAGGCGUUAUCAAAACACAAAGAGAAGCAGCUUAUGAAUCAAAUAAAGGAGCACAGGGAAACACCAGAAUUAGAAAGAGCGAUAGCAGAACGUGCUCGUCGUUUAGAACAAGCAGAACAAAAUGCAGAAGAAAUCGACCCCGCGACUAACCCCACGCUGCAGGAGAUACGGGCGCGCUUGCGACAUGCCGCGGCCCCAGCGCCCUCUCCCGCCGCAUCUGCGCACUGAAUACCAACUUUAUUU